AUGUCAUCAGUUUAUACACAGUGUGUGAAGUGUAUUAUAUGGGAGAUAGAUUGCUUCUAUGUUUUGUUUGUUGCUUUUCUUGUUUGUCUCCAUUUUGAUCAUGAAAUAUUCUCAUUAAACCAAAAGGGGGGAAAAAAACGGGCAAUUUCUUGGAUGUGUAUAUGCUCGCAUAAAACCCACCGAAGGAUAAUGCCGACUGUGAGUAAAGGUCUAUACAAAUGGUUGAUUGGAAGAGGAAGCACCCUUGAGGAUUUUGCUGACAGGUUAAAUCAUUUCUGGACGUUUGGUCUCCUGCUUCUUCUAGCAUGCAUCAUCAGCUGGAAACAGGGAUACAACAAAGCUAUAAACUGCUGGGCACCAGCUGAAUUUGAAGAACCCAUGAUUAGAUAUACAGAAGAAACUUGCUGGAAUAGUUAUUUUAUUGUUUAUCCACGUGAUGCUGAGAAAGCAGAAGAGUAUAUAUCGGAGAUGACCAACGUCUCAUUCCAAAGAUAUUCGUUUCUGGACUUUAACCUCUUCCCACGUGUCACGACAAAGCCAAUAGAAAUGACCGACAGUUUAAAAGAGAAAAUGUCAACAACUAGGACACUCUAUCAGUGGCUACCAGUAAUCCUUUGCUUUCAAGCGCUAUUUUUCAAGCUGCCCAAUCUUCUCAUGUAUAUUUUUCAUUGCUAUUCAGGGUUAAGUUUUGACAAGAUUUCUGGUUUAACAAGUGGCUACAAAAACUUGAACCUUCAAGAUAGGGAUAUUCUUGGCAGAAAAAUUGCACGUUACUUAAUGAACUGGUGUGGCCAAUGUGAAAACUGGUUACCAUGGAGAUUACUAUCUCUUCUUUGGCUUUUGGUCAAGAUACUUUAUUGUGUCAAUAUUGUUACACAGAUAAGUCUGGUCGAUUCCCUCUUGAAAACAACAGAUACCCCAAUAGACAAUUCUUCUUCAUAUGGUGACCUAAUCUCUGGAAAUCUACUUGAAAACAAUGCUACUCUUUGGAAAGAAUCACCAACCUUCCCACGUGAAGUUCUUUGUGACUUUAGAAUCAUACAAUUUAAUAACAUUCACCGGUAUACUGUUCAAUGUAAUCUUACAGCAAACUACUUCAAUGAGUAUGUCUAUAUGUUCAUAUGGGUGUGGCUUCUAUUUGUUGCCGUGGUAACCUGCCUUAGCCUUGUUGUGUGGAUGAUACAAACUCUUAUACCAAUUUUUCGAAAGCGGUACAUAGAGAAGGCAAUCAAACUGGAAGACGACCCUGAUAUGAAGUCUGUAUCAUCAUACAGCAUGGAUAAAUUUUGUAACAUCAUUGGCGAGGAUGGUGUCAUGACCUUGAAACUUUUAGGAGCCAACACAUCAGAGCUACUUGUAAGCAAUGUCAUCUACAACAUGUGGAAAUUGAGGGUCAAUGACCUGAAUAGACCAACUUCAGGACAAGUAUUUUCUGUACCAGAAGUUAUGGUACAUCCCGAGGCAGUUGCUGUACAAGCGCAACCUGGCAUGGCCCAAGUUCAAUCAAGUGGUUCUCCUGCUACAAGUUCAAAUGUUACAAAAGAAGGCAGACUAAAAACUUUGAUGUUCACACAAGACCUAUAAUAGAUGUGCAACAUUUGUUUUAAUAAUAAAAUAAAAAGUUUUUAUGGCCUGCUAGUAGAGCCAAGUGCUGUACCAUUUUAACUUAGUAUGCCAUAAGUGACACCUGCUGCUGCAAAUUUAGAUGUGGCAUAGUCAAAAAGGCAGUCUAAAAGACUUUCAUUGACAUGAUAAACUUGUAAAAAUAUAAACAUGGAUCACUUGUAAAAAAGACUUUCAUUGACAAAGUUAAAAGUCAUAAGAAUAUAAACAUAUAUUGAAAGCUUUCAUGCUUUUAGAUUUUAGUUUUAAAUAAUAUGAACUUAUCCCGUAAUGAUACAAAAAGUAUGAAAACACUCCUAUUUGCUUUUAAGGUUUAAAAAUCUUCUUAAUGACCAAAAGCAACAACAGAACCAAUGUCACAAUAAAACAUCUUUGUUUUCUUUACCUUUAAAUAAUCAUUGUAUUUCUUAUAGUAAUACUAUUAAAAACUUAUAGCAUCAAGAUACUGUAAUCUUUACCAAUUUAUUACAUUAUACCAUAUAUUCAUGUACAUGAUAUUCACCUACAUAUUUGUAAAUUGAAAGCUGUCAAUAAAGUAUAUAAAAGUA